UAGCAGUCAUGGUCGUCGAUUCUUCAAAUUGUACACAGCGAUCAGCAAUCACGAUCAACAAGAGAAAUGUGGAAGAUGACGGCAGUAGGAGCAAAUAUAAAUGUUUCCUCGGCGAAUUUGAAACUCCUCUUGUGUGGAAAAACAUUAUUCUCCUGCUUUUUUUUCAUACAGUGGCCGUAUGCUAUAUUUUUAUACACGAUUAUAAAAAGUAUCCCUGGACUAUGAUUUAUGCCUAUUUCAUCUCUAUGAUUGCUGGAUUUGGAAUAACUGCUGGAGUCCAUCGCCUUUGGACUCAUCGAGCUUAUAAAGCCAACACAAAAUUGAAAGUCAUACUAUUGGUUUUAUAUUCGAUGAGUGGAAUGAAUUCGGUGGUCGAUUGGGUGCGCGAUCACAGGGUACACCAUAAAUAUUCGGACACCAAUGCCGACCCACACAACAUCAAUAGAGGAUUGUUUUUUUCCCACGUUGGUUGGCUCUGCAUGAAGAAACACCCCGAUGUGAUCAAAAAGGGGCGUCAAAUUGACAUCAGUGACCUAACAGAUGAUCCACUGAUCAGAUUUCACACAAAGUAUUACGGGUGGUUUAAGCUAUUGUUUUGCUUUGUAUUUCCAGCAAUGAUCCCUCCUUUACUUUGGGGUGAACCAUGGAUGGUGUCCAUUUUGGCAAAUUCGUUUGUUAAAUACGUUACAUUGUUAAACACAACUUGGACUGUAAAUAGUUUAGCACAUUACUAUGGAAACAAGCCAUACGAUAAAAAUCUAAAACCGACGCAAAACUUAUUUGUGUCCCUUGUGACAAAGGGCGAGGGUUACCACAACUUUCACCACGCUUUCCCUUGGGAUUAUAGGGCAUCAGAAUUUUUGUAUGUGUUCGAUUUCACGACUAUUGUCAUAAAUCUAUUUAAGAAUCUGGGUUGGGCAUACGACUUGAAAACUGUUUCGCCUGAGGUACUUCAGAAGACUAUCGAACGGUGCGGCGAUGGCACUCACCAACUAAAUCAAUAUUCGGGACCAACGUUGAAAAGUCUUUAAUAGUUGUUAAAUGAAAUGAAAUAUUUUCGUCUCCAAUACAUUUAUUUAAAAUGCUGCUGUAACAAGUCAAAUAUAUUUUUUAAGGUUGUUGCAAUGACCAAUAUAUAACCAAACAUUUUUCCGUAUUUUGUUAAAAUGUUUUAAUCUCUGUUAGUGUUAAUGUCUAUUAACCUUCUUUCUAUUGUCCAUUCAAUUAAUUGGUGGAUAUCAGUUUUCUUAAAUGCGACAUAUUGAAAUACCCUAAUGAACAUUCCCAGAAAUAAAUUGAAU